AUGGUAAAUUUUAUAAACGAAAAACCAGGUUUACCUAUGGAUGAAGUAAACAUUCCAAAUGGAAUUUGGAGACAUAUUGAUGAUAUUCUAAUUAGUACAAAAAUGAAUAAACAACAAUUAGAUAGUUGUGUAAAAUAUUUAAAUAAAAUACGUAGAACAAUUAAAUACACUUCAGAAUUUGAACAGAACAAUGAAUUAAAUUAUCGUGAUAAAACGUUAACAAAAAUCAAUAUAGAUAAUGAAAGAAAACUUUAA